GGAAUCAAUUCAGUCUGCCAUAAGUCUGAGUUUUACAUCUCAGGUUCCUUUAAUCUCUCCAUCUAGCUUCAAUUUUAUCCCUUUCUCUCGUUUCCACUUGUAGACACACAAGAAACAUAAAAAUACAAAAAAAAAAAAAAAAUUAGAAAAAAUGGACCUUCCCAAAACACAACAAGAUACAAAAGCUGUUGCAGAUGCCUGGGAUUACAAAGGGCGACCAGCCCUUAGAUCUGCCACUGGUGGUUGGUCCAGUUCUGCCAUGAUUUUAGGUGUUGAGUGUGUGGAGAGGUUAGUAACGCUAGGCAUUGCUGUGAACCUGGUGGUGUACUUGACUAGGACCAUGCAUUUAGGGAAUGCAAGUGCAGCAAACAUUGUUACUAACUUUAUGGGAACUUCCUACAUCCUCACUUUGCUUGGUGGCUACGUUGCUGACACUUUCCUCGGAAGGUAUCUUACCGUCGGAAUCGGCGCCAGUGUUCAAGCAAUAGGGGUAACAAUUUUGACAAUCUCGACCAUAAUCCCAAACCUACGACCACCAAAGUGUGAUCUUGGAAACUCAUCAUGCAUCCCGGCAAACGGCAAACAACUCGCCGUCCUUUUCACCGCCCUCUACCUGACUGCCUUAGGCACAGGCUUCCUCAAAUCCAGCGUCUCCGGCUUUGGUACAGACCAAUUCGACGAGUCUGACCAAAAAGAAAGAGGCCAGAUGAUAAAGUUCUUCAGUUGGUUCUUUUUCCUAAUCAACGUGGGAGCGCUCACUGCUGUGACAGUACUCGUGUACAUUCAAGAUAAGGUUGGACGUGAAUGGGGAUAUGGUAUUUGCGCGUGUGCGAUUGUGGUUGGUCUUGUGUUGUUCUUGGCUGGUACGAGGAGGUACCGGUUUAAGAAACUUGUUGGAAGUCCGUUAGCGCAGUUUGCUUCGGUGUUUGUUGCUGCUUGGAGGAAGAGGCAUAUGAAAUUGCCGUCUGAUUCUUCUGCUUUGUUCAAUAUUGAUGAUAUUAUUGGAGAAGAAAAGAAUAAGGAUAAACAAAAGUUGCCUCACAGCAAGGAAUUCCGUUUCUUGGACAAGGCAGCUAUUAAAGAUUCUGACAGUGAAUUUUCGGGGACAGCGAUAUUGAAUAAUUGGAACCUAGCAACUUUAACCGAUGUUGAAGAAGUUAAAUUGGUAAUUAGAAUGUUACCAACAUGGGCCACGACAAUUAUGUUCUGGACUGUAUAUGCUCAAAUGACAACAUUUUCCGUGUCACAAGCAACCACUAUGGACCGUCACAUCGGUAAAGCCUUCGAAAUUCCUCCUGCCUCACUCACUGCUUUUUUCGUCGGAAGUAUCAUGGUGGUUAUCGUGUUCUACGAUCGGGUAAUUGUGCCACUUUGUGCCCGAUUCCUAAACAGUCCACACGGUUUCACCCCGUUGACACGCAUUGCAAUAGGCAUAGUCAUGUCAAUUAUCGCGAUGAUUAUUGCAGCUUUAACGGAGAUAAAAAGAGUGAACGUUGCCCAUUCGCACGGAUUGACGGACCACCCGAAUGCGGUGGUUCCUAUGAGUGUGUUUUGGUUGGUCCCACAAUUCUUGCUUGUUGGAGGAGGUGAAGCUUUAACAUACAUUGGGCAACUUGACUUUUUCUUAAGGGAGUGUCCUAAAGGGAUGAAGACUAUGAGUACUGGAUUGUUCAUAAGCACAAUAUCGCUAGGAUUUUUCUUUAGUUCUAUUUUGGUUUCGAUCGUGGACGCGGUGACCGCGAAAACAAGUCCAUGGUUAGCUGAUAAUCUCAACCAAGGCAAACUAUUUAAUUUUUACUGGCUAUUGGCAAUCUUGAGUGUAUUGAACAUGAUAGUUUUCUUCUAUUGUGCAAAACGUUACGUGUACAAGGAGAAGAGGCUAGCCGAGAUGGGGAUUCAAAUGGAAGACUCAGGUCCAGUUUGCCAUUAAGUAAUUAGAAGAAGCUAGCCAUGCAGUACUUUAUUAGCACAGCCAGUUUGCUUUUUCUUCUUCUUUUUGUUCUCUUUACUUGUUGGGGUUUUAUUUUAAAUGGAGAAUGUACCAUAGAAACAGUGGCGUUCAAAGAACCCAUUGUCUUUGGCACAGGCCUACUAUUUUGUAUGUAGAAACUGCAGGUUGAAAAUAAUGUACUAUAAAUGAAAAUGAAAGAUUCUGAACCCACUGCUUCAAAGAAGCAGUGGUUUGCUGGCA